CUCCCCUUCUUUUUUAAGCACCUUAUUUUUUUCCCCGCUUUUAAAGUUUUUGGGUUAAUUGUUUCAGCAGCAGCGCCGAGGAGGAAGGCGGAGUGUCGCGAGCAGGCGAGGCGGUAAGGACGGCGGCGUGACGCGUGACGAUUCUGACACCUGUUGGCGCCGCGAAACUGUGACAUGGAACCCGACACACUCAGGUCAUGCCAGUGGAGUCAGUCCUCAUCAGAGAGCAGUAAGAGUUUGAACAGCCCUCCCAAAAUCACAAGUUCAUUGUGGAAACAAUUGUCUGAAGAGCAAGAUUUGAGCAAAACAACUUUCUCACCUUUUACAAACAGCCUCACUGACAACAAUCUGUCAAGUGAAUAUGAAAUUAAUUCAAACUUUUUGUCUUCCACAAAGUAUGAGGAACUGUGGAAGUCUCCCUCUUGUGAUAUUGAUACAGAUGUGGGUCAGUUGGGUAAAAGAAGUCCAUGGGAUCCCAUAGCCACCACCACUCAGAAAUCCAGUAAUAUACAUCACCCAGGGUUACCAAGCAGUGCUAGACAUUCUGGUAAUGUUACAGAAGAUAUUUAUGGGAAAAGUGAAAAGGAAAAUAAUUUUUUAACAUACACAAAAGCUGUGGGAAGCAAAUGCUGUUAUAAUCCCCUUUUAGAUAAAAAAGACUCUAUUUCUCUCUCCAAAGAAAUUAUUCCUUCACAGCAAGGCUCAUCAAAUAAUGUAUGGACAACAAAUCCUAGAGCACCAUUUGGAGGCUCCAGUCAAGAUACCCUGACUGGUAGUGAUUCCUAUGGAUUUGGUGUCAACUCUGUGUCAUGGGAGCCAGUGCAUUCAACACUGAGACCAGCACUUAAAGAUAUAGGAAAUAUAAGUAACUCAAUAUAUAGUGACUACCAAAAGAUAGAUAAUCUUCACCAAAGUCAAAUAUCAAGUGAAUUACCCUCUCAUCAAAGCUCUCUUCCAUUCAGCCUUCCCUCUCAUGACUCCUAUUGUAACCAGCAAGUUACCACCUCUAAUUUUCCACAACAAAAGCAACACACAGAUUUGGUUGCCUUAAUGCAGGAACUCUCAUUCUUAACUGAUGCAAGAGGCAUGGGCAAUCUAUCUUACAGCAAUAGUGCACUGCCCACAUACCCAUCUCACAAACCUACCCCAGCAACUUCAGUGCCCUUAUCCAGCAAAGGAUGUGUGUUUUGCAAGAACAACAAUUACCAUUCUACCUUCUAUAAAUCACAUGUGUUGAAGGAUGAACGAGGUCAUUGUCAGUGCCCUGUGCUGAGGAUGUACGUGUGUCCCCUCUGUAAUGCCACAGGUGACUCUGCACACACUCUCAAGUACUGCCCACGAAACACAGUGACCAGAGGAGAUCCCAUCUCAGCAGGCCUUCCGCCAGGAAAGGUCACUAACUGGAGGGAAGUGGCCAAUAGGAUGAUGAGCCGUUAUACCUCCAAUAAUUGUUAGAUGUGUUUGGCCUAUAUUGAAAAGGAAUAAUAGUUUUAUGUAUUUUUUUACUACAUGGAAGAUAACAUCUUGAAUUAUUUAUUUGAUGAAGGUAAUUUAUGUUGUUACUUAGCUUCUAUUUAUUGCUUUUUACUUUGAUAGUCCUUUGAAUUUUCAACUUUGUUAUGUUCUAUGUAAUAUAUUAUUUCCUCUUAUAGUAAAGUCAAUCAAGUUGAUAGUAUGAUGAACUAGACAGCUUUUCUCUAUUUUCAGAAACUUCUUAAGCCAGCUUUGAUAAUCUGAUAUUUACAGAUUUACUUAUUGAUAUUAUUUUUUUCCAAACUUAGCGACUGAUUACACCAUGGCUGUAGAUGACCAACGGUUAAUAGUUAAUAAUGAAUAACAGGUGUAGGGUGUAGUGUAUUUAUCCAUCCUACAUUUUCCUCCUCAAAAAUUGUAUAGUUACACUGUGGUGUUUGAUUGGUAUGGUGAUAGUAUACAAGCUGUAAAAUGUAGGGAACAGAUUACCCUUAUAGACAUCCCAGUCAAGGCUAGCCAUACACAAUAAAUUUUAAUGAUGCAUCAAAUGAGAAGAUAAAUUAUUGUUGA